AUUUAUUCCUGUUUGCUGAGCUGUUCGUGAAUAUUUCUUCUCCCUGCCCUGUCUGCAAUCUUCUCUCUUCAACCUCACAAUCCUGACCUCACACUUCCAUCCUUCAUCGUCAAUCAUCAUUUGACCUCUACAAUAAAACACCAAAAUGUCUCUCUCCAGCUCAAUUUCCACAGGCACCGCCUCCGCCGCAACCGCCACUGCUACAACCACAGCCUGCAACGUCAAUUACGAAAUUCCAACAAAGGACGCCGCCUGCGCCCUCCUCACCUCGUCCAACUCCACCGCCAUACUCAAGGACUGCUGCGGCGUGGCGGAGAUAAACUCGAUCAACAACGGAUGUUCUUCAUACUGUCUGGCACAGGGCCAGGAUAUCGGCGACUUGACAAGCUGCUUCUAUCGCAACGGCGCGUCGGCUAACAGUGUGUACUGCAAUGAAGUCAACAAGACCGCCACCGCGACUGCUUCAAUCACUGGGACCGCAACGGGAACGGGAUCAACGACUGUACUGACGGGCACGGCCACGGGUACUGGGGCGACUGCUUCGUCGACGACCGGAGCGGCUGCUCCUGCAGCGAAGGUAUCUGUGGGUGGGGUGGGUGUGUUGGCGCUGAUGUUCUGCUCGGCGCUGUUAAGGGUUUUUGCUUAGGAAACUGUUAUGAUGAUCGGAGUUGGAUAAUACAAACUUUGAAACUGUUAUGAUGAUCGGAGUUGGAUAAUACAAACUUUCGGGUUGUGAGCUGGAAUCUUAAUGAGCGCGAGAUGGUCAUACUUUCUUUUGUUGUGUAUAAUUAAAUGCCCCCCUACUUAAUUUGAUACCGCUGAUUGAGAAUGACAUGACAAGUCAUGUGCAUACGUUUGUUAUGCCCAACUACUCUCUGUUGACAUGGGUAAAAACACUAAAAUUAUAUUGACGAGA